UGAGGCCCCGCGAGUUCCGUCCCUGCCGCGCGCUCGCGCUCGUUCCCAGGCUUCCGGGCCCGGAGAGCUCGGCGGCGGCUGCGCGCGCGCUGCCCAGCCCGGUCCCCGCCCCCAGGCGCGCGGGGUUCCGGGACAACACAGCCAUGUGCUCGUUAGCGUCGGGCGCUGCGGGCGGCCGGGGCGCUGUGGAGGACGAGGACGACCUGCCAGAGCUGUCCGACAGCGGUGACGAGGCCGCCUGGGAGGAUGAGGACGAUGCCGAGCCCCCCCACGACAAGCAGCAGACCCCCUGCCUGUUCUGUGACAGGUUAUUUACAUCUGCUGAAGAAACAUUUUCACACUGUAAGUCUGAGCAUCAAUUUAAUAUUGAUAACAUGGUCCAUAAACAUGGACUUGAAUUUUAUGGAUACAUUAAGCUAAUAAAUUUUAUUAGACUCAAGAAUCCUACAGUUGAGUAUAUGAAUUCCAUAUACAACCCAGUGCCUUGGGAGAAAGAAGAGUAUUUGAAGCCAGUAUUAGAAGAUGACUUAUUACUUCAAUUUGAUGUAGAAGAUCUUUACGAACCAGUGUCAGUCCCAUUCUCAUACCCCAAUGGACUCAGUGAAAACACAUCUGUUGUUGAAAAAUUGAAACAUAUGGAAACCAGGGCACUGUCUGCUGAAGCUGCAUUAGCUAGAGCGCGUGAGGAUCUGCAAAGAAUGAAACAAUUUGCUCAGGAUUUUGUGAUGAACGCAGAUGUCAGAACCUGCUCGUCAUCUACUACUGCCAUUGCAGACCUCCAGGAAGAUGAGGAUGGCGUUUAUUUCAGCUCAUACGGGCAUUAUGGGAUACAUGAAGAAAUGCUAAAGGACAAAGUACGAACAGAAAGUUACCGAGAUUUUAUAUAUCAAAAUCCACAUAUCUUCAAAGACAAGGUGGUUUUGGAUGUUGGUUGUGGAACUGGAAUUCUCUCUAUGUUUGCAGCUAAAGCUGGGGCAAAGAAAGUUUUUGGAGUUGAUCAGUCUGAAAUACUUUACCAGGCAAUGGAUAUCAUAAGACUAAAUAAACUUGAAGAUACUAUUACACUAAUUAAAGGAAAGAUUGAAGAAGUUUGCCUUCCUGUAGAAAAAGUGGAUGUUAUUAUAUCUGAGUGGAUGGGCUAUUUUCUUCUUUUUGAGUCUAUGUUAGAUUCUGUUCUUUAUGCAAAGAACAAAUACUUGGCAAAAGGAGGAUCGGAGAGGGAGAGAGCGAGCACAGGCAGACAGAGUGGCAGGCAAAGUCAGAGGGAGAAGCAGACUCCUUGCAGAGCAAGGAGCCCGAUGUGGGACUCGAUCCCAGGACGCUGGGAUCAUGACCUGAGCCAAAGGCAGCUGCUUAACCAACUGAGCCACCCAGGCAUCCCCACAAACUUCUUAAAUGUAAGAACUAAUCCUUGGGAAAAAGAUCAUGUAGUGAACUACUUAAAAAAAAAAAAAGAAAAAUUACAGAUACAGAAAAGAUAAUAUAAAAUGGUAAAGGAUGAUCCAAAAAAAUGUUUGUCAUAUCCAUAAAUGUAAACAGGUUAAACUCACCUAUUCAGAGAAAAAAAAAAUCAGUUUGGAUCACCAAAAAAAAAAAAAAAAAAAGCCAUAAUUCUCUAUACUUUAUAGAGGCAUAUCUAAAACAAAAUUAUUUGGAAAAGUUUAAAGGAUGAAAAAGGAUAGGCAAAUCCCCUCAUAAUGCAAGUAGCAGUCAUGGUGUUAUUGGAUACCAGACAAAAGGGAAUUGGAGCAAAAUGUUGUAUAAUCAAUCAUAUGAGUAGGGCUUAGAGCUAAGACAUAAAAUCAUGCCCGUAUUCAUAGAUAGUCAAAAGGUUUUUGAUAAAAUACAAUUUAUAUUCUUGAUAUUUUUAAAUGAGAAAAUAUGAAUAGUGAGAUAGCAAUAAUAUAAUAUAUAAAUAUAAAUUAAAAUAUAAGUAUAAUAAAUUAAAUAUAAAUGUAAUAAAUAUCAGUAAUAGCUUAUAUGAUAAAGUAUACUUAUCUCAACUGAAAAUCUGUAUCAUGGUUAAUGGGGAAAUACUAAACACAUUUCCUCUAUAAUUAAAACAGGAUUUAAAUGGCUACUAUUACACCAUUAUUUAAUAUUUUACCAGCAGUACUAGUCAGCACAGUUAGAAAAGAGAACAUAGAAGAUAAAUCACAAAGGAGAUAAGGGGCGUCUGGGUGGCUCUGGAUGAAGCUUCUGCCUUAGGCUCAGGUCAUGAUCUCAGGAUCCUGGGAUUGAGUCCUACACAGGGCUCUCUGCUCAGCAGGGAGCCUGCUUCCCCCCCACCCCGCCCGGCCUGCCUAUCUGCCUAUUUGUGAUCUCUCUGUGUGUCAAAAAAAUAAAUAAAAUCUUUAAAAAAAAAAAAAAAAAGAAAAAGAAAAGUAGAUAAAACUAAUUUUUUUGUAGAUUUUGUGAUUCAGACCUAGGCACUUCACGUGAAUCAACUGAAAAAUGAUAAAUAAUAAAAUAGUUUAGUACAUUAUUGAGCUACAAAAUAACGUAACUAGAAAUAAAACUUACAUGCAAACAGCUUUACUACUAAAACACAGAAGAAAGAUAAAUAAUUUUAAAGAUAGACCAUGUUAGAUAGACCAUGUUCUUAUAAAAUCUUAUAUUGAUUUUCCCAAAAUUAAUUUAAAAUUUAGUGUAAUCUAAAAACAUAGACAUUUGUUGAAGAUAGAUGAUAAGUACAUGAAAGUUAAUUAUGCUCUUUUAUUUUUGUGUGCAUUUAAUACUUUUGUAGGAUAAAUUUUAUAAAAUUAUAACAUAAUUCCAACAAACAGUUUUGGUGUUUUUAAUUAGGAUUUUUAAAUUUUUUGGUAGUAAUGUAAAGGAAAACUGAGAUAGAAGGGUGUCCGUGUGGGGGAGCAGGGGACAGAAAGGCUAGUGGUACCAAAUUUAAAACAUAUUACAGAACCUCAAUAAUUAAAACAAUGGACAGAUAAAUUGAACAGAAUUGAGAAUUCUGGUAUAAACCAAAUAAUAUAUGGCAUCUCAUAUAAUUUACUAUCGAUAGUAAAUUUACUAUAUAAUUUACUAUCGAUAGUAAAUUAUAUGAGAGAGUUAGGUAGCCCUCUGUGUUAAAAUAUAAAAACAACAACAGCAACAACAAGGGCGCCUGGGUGGCUCAGUUGUUAAGCCUCUGUCUUGGCCUCAGGUCAUGGUCUCAGGCUCCUGAGAUUGAGCCCUGAGUUGUCCCAUGUCAAUGCUCCCUGCUCAGCAGGAAGUCUGUUUUUCCCUCUUCAUUUGCUGCUCCCUCUGCUUGUGUGUGUUUUGUGUGUGUUUGCUCUCUCUCUCUCUCUCUCUCUCUCGGUCAAAUAGAUAAAUAAAUAAAAUAUUUUUUAAAAAGAAAACACAAUAAAUUAUAAAGUAAAAAAUGCACACAGUGUAAAUAUUACAUGAGUCAAGGUUAAAUGCAGAAAAAGUAAAAAUACUAGGAGACAUAGGUGUAUUUCUUUAUAAACUUGGGAAGUGUGACUUUCUAAACAAGAACUUAGAUUCAGAUGCCUUUAUUAGAAGAAAGAUUGAUAUAUUUGAUUAUAUAAAUAAAUUUCUAAAUCAGCAUAUGCCAUAUGCAAAGUCACAUGAGAAAGUGCAGACUGAAAAACUUUUCAAUUCCUGUCACUAACAAAAAGCUAAUUUCCUUAAUAUCCUACAAAUAAGACCACAAACCCAAUAGAAUAUUGGGCAGAGAAUUGAAUGGCAGCUCACAGAAAAGGAAUACAGAUGACUCUUAAAAAUGUGCUCAGUCUCUGUCCUCUUAAGAAAAAUGUCCAAUCUGAAGACUCUUAUUCAAGGUUACACUGAAUACUCCUACUCCUGUGUUUUUCUUGAUGUUGCAACUUUGACAUUAAGGUCUGUGGUGCAUUUCAAAUUAAUUUUGUGUGCGGUAUGAGGUAAGGAUAGAUGUUAAUAUUUUCCAGCACUUUUUGUUGAAAUGAUUAUCCUUUCUGAUACAUUGUGUGGCAUCUUUGUUGAAAAUUAAUUGGCCAUAUAUGUUUGGGUAUGUUUUUGUAUUCUGUUCCUUUGAUCUGUAAGUCUCUUUUUUCAUCAGUACCAUACUGUCUUAAUUACUGUAAUUUGCUUUGGCAGUUUGGUCUGUGUGUGUGGAUAUACAUGUAUGUGGUUUUUUUAAAUUAUAGAAUCUUACCAGUUUUGAAUCUAUAUCAGUCUAUCAAUUUUUAAAAGAUUGCUAGAAUUAAGAUAGGAUUGGCUUGAAUGAAUAGAUCAACUUGAGAAUAAUUAGCAUCUUAACAAUGUAUGAAGUCUUCUAAACCAUGAACAUAAUAUAUCCUUUCAUUUUUUAAAGCCUUUAAUUUCUCUUGGCACUAUUUUGUAACUUGCAAUGUAGAGAUCUUGUACAUCUUCUGUGAAGUUUAUUCUUUAUUAAAAAUUAUAUUUAUUUGA